AUGACCGCAAAUCGCAGCGCCAGCCUCAAAGACCUCAGGUCGGUCAUCCGCAACUGCCCCGUCAUCGACAACCACGCACACAACCUUCUGCUCCCGAGCCAGCUUGAUGCGUACCCGUUCGAGUCCAUUACCACGGAGGCUCAAGGGCCGGCUUUGAAGGAUACCUUCACGUCCUUAUCGCACAUGCGAGCUGCCAAACAGCUGAGGGAGCUGUACGGUUGUAACGCAGAUGAUGACUGGGACCAUGUUCUUGAAAAGCGGACAGAGUGGCUGGACCACCGCCGGGACGAAUUACAUAGGAGAUGCCUCGAGGGUAUACAGACUAUACUCGUUGACGAUGGUCUGGGGAGUGCUGAGCAUGUGCAUCCCUACGACUGGCAUAGUCAGUACACCACCAGUUCAUGCAAGCGAAUUGUCAGGAUAGAAACCGUGGCGGAAACCUUGUUGGAGGAGAUGCUAGAAAACGCCACAGAAGACGACAUCGCUUCCGAGGAAUACAUGGCCGGUACCUGGAUCGGGUUCACAGAGGCCUUCGAAAGCGAGAUCCUGAGAGCGUUGCACAAUCCGGAGGUGGUAGGUUUCAAGUCAGUUAUCUGCUACCGGACUGGCCUCAAUAUCGAACCGGACUACGAGGAAUGCGUGGUCAAAGUUGGGCCUUCGUUUGGGCACUAUGUAGCCCGUUGCGUGGACAGAGGGAACUACCGCAUUAGCAGGAAGGCUCUGAAUGACUUUCUCGUCCUCCAGACACUGGAGAUCAUAUCCAUACGAGCAGCAGACAACGACUCGCUCAGCAAGCCGAUCCAAUUUCACACUGGUCUGGGAGACGCUGACUUGAAGCUCGUACGGUCGAAUCCUGCCGAAAUGCAAGGGCUGAUUGAGCAGUAUCCGCUUGUUCCUUUUGUUCUUCUACAUUCCUCAUAUCCCUACACUCGUGAGGCAGGAUAUCUUGCGAGUGUUUAUAUGAAUGUCUAUCUUGACUUAGGUGAAGUGUUUCCCAUGCUCAGCAAGGAUGGCCAAGCAUCCAUCAUACGGCAGGCGCUCGAGCUGUCUCCCUACAGCAAGCUUCUGUUCUCAACAGAUGGGCAUUUCUUUCCUGAGACCUACUGGUUAGCGACAAAGCAGUUCCGUGAGGUUCUUGAAGAGGUUGCGGUCGAGUAUGUAGUGAAGGACGUCCUCACCAUACCUCAAGCGAUCGAGCUAGGGAAGGCUAUUCUUUUCACCAAUUCCAACUUGCUCUACGACCUCAAUCUUUCUCUUACCGUUCCCUCCUCCGAUGUAUCAUCAAGCCAACAAUCGCUCACCCACAAUCCUAAACCCAACCCCUCCUCUUCGGACUACAGCACGUCUUCCCUCGAAUCCUUCAUAGAGAACAACCCAUCUACCAAAUACAUAUACCUCCAGUGGCUCGACUACAUGGGCACCCUCCGUGCCCGCAUCCUUCCCAUCGUCGAAUUCAUCCACAUCGUUGAGUCCGGCUCCGGCAUUGGGAUCUCACGCGGCAACACAGGAACCCUGCAAAACGACACCGUAACUCCUGCCGUAAAUACUACAGGCCAGCUGUAUGUGGAGCCCGAUCUGUCCACUCUUCGAAAGACGCACGCCAAAGACCCCUUACCAUCUGCAAGCGUCAUGGGCUUCUGGCGCGACGAAGACGGCAAAGCGAUCAAAGAAUGUCCGCGAGGGGGGCUGCAGCUCCUUCUCGACGAGCUCAAAAGCGAACACAACAUCUCGUUGAUCAUCGGCUUCGAGAUCGAAGUUACGUUUCUCCACCGCACCGACCCCUCCUCGGCCGACACAGACCGCUAUACUCCGCUGGCAACGAACCAUGCAUGGGGUACUCUUACACCAGAGCAAGUCUACGAUGCCCUACCUCUCCUCGCCGAGAUCACCGAAGCCCUCUCGGACAUGGGCAUAGAGGUGCAGCAGUUCCACGCCGAGUCUGGGCCCGGCCAAUACGAGUUCGUGCUACCUCCCCUGCCGGGGCUGGAGGCGAUCGACACGCUUGUACAAGCGCGGCAGGUGGUCCAUCAGAUUGCGCACACGCAUAGUCUGCGAGCGACACUGCAUCCGAUGCCGUUGCCCGGCGUCGGGACGGCUGCGCAUGCGCACGUGAGCCUCAGUUCCGUGGAGAAAAAGGCCGUGCCGGAAACCAAGGAGAUGGCUUUCUGGGUGACCGGCGUGUUGAGGCAUCUGGAAGCUGUUUGCGCGUUCUCGCUUCCAGAGGCGGUGAGUUACGACAGGGUGAUUGACAAUAGCUGGACUGGAGGCACGUGGGUGGCGUGGGGGACGCAGAACCGGGAGGUUCCACUGAGGAGGGUACAGCCUGGGAGGUGGGAGUUGAGAUGUAUGGAUGGCAUGGCGAACAUAUACCUCGCCUUGGCGGCUGUGAUCGGAGCCGGUCUUUUAGGUCUAAGAGCACGUGAAGGAGCGGAGUUGAGCGCUAAGGACUGUCCACACAAUCCGAGCAAGCUAUCUGACGAUCAGAGAAAGGAAUACGGGAUUAAGCGGAGAAUGCCAAAGAGCAUCGAGGAAGCACUUGACGCUCUGGAAAAAGACGAGGAACUGAAGCAUGUCCUGGCGGAAAGCUUGAUAGAGGACUACGUAGCGAUGAAGAAGGUUGAGCAGAAGAUGCUGGCGGAUAUGGAGGAGGGGAAAAGGAGAACGUGGCUGAUUGAGAGAUACUGA